GCCACCUAUGUUGUCAAUUUGUCAUACCAUUUUAUCACGGAGUCACUGUAGUUCAAUAAAAUGUGAAUGGUAUUAUUUAAUUAUUUUAUUAGUUAUCGUAGUGCAAAGUAAAUGUUCACACACUGAUUAAUUAAAAAGUGAUGUGUAAUCGUCUUUGCAAAAUGUAAUCAGCAAAGUAUUUAUUUUUAAACCAAAAUGAUAAACAUUCUUCAUGCAAGGUUUUGUUUAUUACAUUGAGUCAUUCCAAUGUGAAAUGUGUAGAAAUGGCCAAAAUAAUAAAAUUAUAUUACUUUAUUAUACUAAUUUUCUGCAUUCCUAUAAAUGAUGGGGCAGGCUAUACAUAUGAAAUUGAUUGCAACAACCUACGGAUAGGGCAAUAUAUUUGUCCUCAUCCUGAUUAUGACUUUGUUGAUCCUAAAACACAGCAACCUAAAGGAUGUACAAAGGAAAACAUAGCCAAAGUUAUUUGUCAAACAGCUGAUGGGCUUAUUUGCAGUGAAACCAAAAACAAUACAUUCAAGAAAGAAAUUCCUUGUAAAUGGACAAACGGGUAUUCUUUUGAAACGUCACUGCUAUUAUCAAUAUUCUUAGGUAUGUUUGGCGCUGAUAGAUUUUACCUUGGUUAUCCAGCAUUAGGAUUACUUAAGUUAAGCACUUUAGGUUUUCUAUUUUUGGGACAAUUCUGUGAUGUGAUAUUAAUAGCUACACAAAUUGUUGGACCAGCCGAUGGUUCACACUAUGUAAUACCAUAUUAUGGAGCUGGAGUAACAAUAGUGAAAAGUGAUAAUGAUACUUAUAGAGUGCCGCAAUAUGAUUGGUGACGAAAAAGAAUUCAUAUCAAAGCUUAAACUUUUCUACUAAUAUGAAAACAGUUGAUAAUUUACAGUACAAUGAAUUGCUAGUAAUUUUGAAAAUGUGUUUUAAAUAUUUUUGAAGUUUAAGAAAUGUAAUCGCGUUCGCAAUGCAGAUAUAAUGCCAAUUUUUGUAAAAAGUGAUAAGCAUUAACGUUUUUUAAAUCAAUGUACAUACUUAUAUAAUAUAUUAUUCCAUUGACAGUUUUCUAUUGUACAAAAUAUAUAGCUCAAAAUAUAGGUGAAUUAUAAAAUAUUUCAUCUGAAAAUUGUAAAUAAAAUGUUACAAAACAAAUGCAGACUAUUACAUUUGUGAUUAAA